GCCGGCAGCCGGAGACGGCAGACCGCCGCGCACGUCUACCCGCCCCACAGCGCACCGUGAGUGCCCUCGGGACAGAGCGGAAAAUCGCGGGGGCGCGGAAGAUGCGGCGGGCCGGCGGGCCCCGCGCCUGGACGCGCCGUCGCUGAGGCACCGGAGGAGGCUCCCGCGGCGCCGAGGAGAUGAGGCUGCCCCUGACGCUGCUGGCCCUGGCCGCCCUGGGGGCCGCCGGCGGUGGCGGCGGCGGGGCGGGCCGGGAGGCGGAGGCGCAGGCGGGGCGGUUCUCCACGCCGGAGCGGCACCGCUGCAGCUGGGAGCUGCGCUCGGCGGCGGGGGCCAGCGAGCUGCGGCUGAGCUGCCGGCCGCCGGCGGGCGGCGGGGCGGCGCGGAGCUGCGCCUACCGCGGGGAACCGCGGCGCUGCCCCGCCUACGGCGGCCGCAGCCGCCAGUACUGGCGGCAGAUCCUGGGCAGGCUGCGCCGGCGGCGGCACCCCUGCGCCCAGGGCGGCCCGCUCAGCGCCCGCCUCUGCGGGCCGGGCCGGGCGCCGCCCGAGGCGCAGCUCCGCCUGCUGCCGGGCCCGGGCCCCGGCCCCGGCCCCUCGCCGCCCGCCGCCACCGAGGACCCGGCGGACACCUACUGCGCCGAGCGGUGGCACUCGCUCUGCAGCUUCUUCGUCGGCUUCUGGGAGGGCUGAGCCGCCCCCGGCCCGCCGGGAGGGAGCGCGGCCGCCCGUCCCCCGGGCCAGGGCUUCGCGCUGCCCGGCCGCCGCCGCCCGCCCGCCCAGCCUGGCCUGCCCUCGCCCGCCCGCCACCGGUGUCCCUCGACCGCUAGCUCUCCUCUUUUCCUCUCCAAUAAAGU